CACUUGGAGUUGGAUCCAGCCCACGAGCAGUGCGGCGGCCUCAGCCCCUGCCCUCUACCUUUGCCCCGGCGCUUCCGCCGCGUUCUGUCCCAAAGCGGCGAGAUCUCCAGCACCAUGCUCAGUAUCAGGGUAUUUCUGCAAAAAAUCUGGAUUCUUUUUCACGUUACUGCGUGCGUUGUCGUUGGUAAAACGCUGCUCAUCCUGUUCCCCGAAGCCAUGAAAAGAUACAUCCUAAAGCAGGGCGAAAAAAGCAGGAUGAACCAGAACCCAAAGUUCAGCUACGAGAACUGGGGUCCGACUUUUUUCAGCUUCAAAUAUUUACUCUUCGUGCUGAAAGUGAAGUGGAAAAGGUUGGAGGAUGAAGCCUACGAGGGACAUCCCGCUCCCAACACGCCCGUGGUGACUUCCAAUGGAGAAGUUCGUCAACUCCUCGCUUUCAUGCAAGAUAACCGACCAUUAAUACUGAAUUUUGGAAGCUGCACCUGACCUUCAUUUAUGUUAAAAUUUGAUGAGUUCAACAAGCUCGUCAAAGAUUUCRGCUCUAUAGCAGAUUUUCUUAUAAUCUACAUUGAAGAAGCUCAUGCAGCAGAUGGAUGGGCUUUUAAAAACAAUGUUGUUAUUAAAAAUCACAGAAGCCUUGAUGAUCGAAGAGCAGCUGCACAAUUUCUCCAGGAAAAGAAUCCUUUAUGUCCAGUAGUUUUAGACACUAUGGAAAACCUGAGCAGUUCAAAAUACGCUGCACUACCAGAAAGAUUGUAUCUACUUCAAGGAGGGAAGGUCAUCUAUAAGGGAGGCGUAGGCCCUUGGAAUUAUCACCCCCAGGAAAUACGGGCCAUCCUGGAAAAAAUGAAGUAAAAGAAGAAAACAGGAGGACUUCAGAGUAAAGACUAUCUGGAUGAAGCAGCUCAAUGAAUAAGCUUUUGUAUACUAACUGUUAAAAGGAAAAAUAGAAAAAAMCAAAAUGAGUAAUGUGUGUGAGUGAAGUAAGAACAUCUGUAGUCUGAUUCAACAUAUAUUUGCCUGGAGACUUUCCAGUCUCAUUAUUACAACCCCAGCUAUUGCAUUAUAGUAUUUUAAUAUGUUUC